GAAUGAGAGGGGAAGGAGAUCGAGGGGUAGAGAGAAAAUAUAUAGAUAUUUCUUCUAUACGUGUCAUUGGUCUGUGAUUCGUUUCGUUUUGAAUUUAUGGUUAUUACUGUCAGUACUCAGUAGUGAUUGUCCAGUCAGGGGUGUAUGCUGGCUACCAUUAUCAGGGCCAACUCUAAGAAUUUCCUUCCCAUCAUAAAAGCAUGUGGUGAUCAGAUAUCAUCUCUGACAUGGAUGAUUUCUUAUUGGAACAUAAAGGACAUUCCACAGAACGCAAAGCAUUAAAACAUGCUUUAGUGGAUAUUUGUGUUCCUGAAUGAGAAUAUGUUUAGAUUAUUUACAUUAUCCAUCUUCUAUCGCCUUUCAGGGGUCAGAAAAAUUGAUUUCGUGAUCUACGUUUGACAACAUUUUCCUUUAUCUGGGGCUGUGACGUUUAUUGCUACUCAUAUUCAAGAAAAAUUCUGCACUAUACCUACAUUCUGAUUUUGCUUUACCGGUUUACCCCUCGUGUGCUUUGACUUUUUCGUAGCUGUUGAGCUUUUUACCCUGAUGUGUCAACACACUUAAAAAUUCAGCUCUUAUAGUUGCAUCAGUAUCCUGAAUUAGUGAUUGCUUUUUGAGUUCUUCAUGGAUUAGUCAAGUUUACUAUAUUUAGAUUUAUUGGCAGGAGACUCUGAAGUUCCAUAUCCUCCACUUCUCUUCCCCCCUAAUCGAGAAUAUCAUAAACCCUGAUCUGUGCACGGGCAAUUUUUCUUUUGUUCUUUUGCUGGUUUCUUUCUUUCUUUCUUUUUUUGGACAGUGGAGAUCCGAAUAAUUGGUAUGCUGGCUGUUGCUAGCUUUUGUUCUAUAAAUGUCUCAUCUCAUCACAGAAUUGUUAUUCUGAAUUUCAUUUGCUUCUUCAAGCAGAAGGCAAACUCACUUUUCGACUUGUAAUCUAAUUUAAGUUUUCUGCUUUGCAGAAGUGAGUUACAAGUUUGUUAACUUCGAAUUAUUUUUCUUUUCAACUCUUCGCUGGUUAAGAUUGAAGAUCUGGUUGUCAGGAUAAGUGAAACAUAAAGAAAAUUUCUUAUUCAUAUAUGUCUUCGCUCCCCAUUAUUUGCUAUUCAUCAGUUGUUUAUCUUUUAAUAAUGCUGACUCCAGUAAGAUUGAUUGGGCUGAAAAUUUUCAAGGAUAAUCUUUAAACUAAAAUGGCAUCGGAUCCAUGGGUUAGACAAUAUAACGAAGCAUCAAAACUAGCAGAAGAAGUCAGGGGAAUGAUUUCUGCUAAGAGUGGUCUGCCCCCUUCUGGGCCUGAAACGCAGCGUCAUCUAUCAGCAGCCCGGAGAAAAGUAACCAUACUGAGGACUAAAGUCGAAAUUCUGCAGUCACUUCUCACAACGCUUCCUGGCAAGCAACCAAUAACAGGAAAAGAAACCAAUCGACGCCAAGACUUACUUGCUAAUAUAAGCUCCAAAGCAAAUGAGAUGGCUGCUACCCUUAACAUGUCUGGUCUUGCUAAUAGAGAUAGUUUGCUAGGCCCUGAUAAAAAAUCUGAAGAAGUCAUGAAGAAAGCAGCUAGCAUGAACAACCAAGGCGUUGUUGGUUUUCAACGACAAAUUAUUAAAGAACAAGAUGAAGAUCUUGAAAAAUUGGAAGAGACAGUUACAAGCACCAAACACAUUGCAUUGGCAGUUAACGAGGAACUUAGCCUACAUACUAGGCUUCUAGAUAAUUUGAAUGAGCAUGUGGAUACAACCAAUUCCCGCCUACAGAUGGUACAAAGGAGGUUGGCCGUGUUGAACAAGGGCACUAAAGGCGGUUGCUCCUGCUUGAUCUUGUUAGUCCUUGUUAUCGCUAUUCUGAUAAUUUUUGCAUGGGCACUGGUUAAAUAUUUGUAGCACACGCGAACUUCCAAUCACUUUUAUCCCCCUCCAAAUCAGCAAUGCAGCAUUAUGUGCAUGUGUCAACUUUUGAUUGCUAUGAAGUUUUGAGAGUUACCGUACCAGCAAGGGGAAAAGCUCAUAUUUUCAUGCAUGUUUAUUUAAGUUAUUGUUUCCCAAUCAAAUUAGAAUAGAUGGAUCUUUUUGCGUGUUUACUAAUGCUGUCCUGACUUUUAUUAUAAACUUUUCCUGCUUAUUUUUAAAUUUUUUUCUUGCCAAUAAUCUAUCGUAGGGGAGGUGCUGUGAAAAAUUUUGACCAUCCAUCUUAAUAGACAAAGAAUUAAAUGAAUGUACGAUUUUUAUUGAAUAUUUAUAUUUAAAUUAAAUAUUGUAUUACU